CUAAUUACAAUAACAAAUAUUAAUUUCAACAGUAUUUUAAAUAUAAUGGCUGUGAAAUACAGAUGAAUGGACAGACAGACCAGGUGAUGAGACUACAAAGCUUUCUUAUUCUACAAGAGAACCCUAAAAAUAUCAAAUUGCUUCUCAACAAGUUCAUCAUGACACCCAUCCCCUGUAACAAAUUUAUGUUUUUCAUAGUACAAAAUUAAUGAUUAUGUUAAAAUAUUGAUGAUGAUCCCAAAGUAGUCAUUCUAAAAACACUCGACAUUUUAUGUAAUUUUAUUCCUCUAAAUGUACACCAAAAUUAGGUUCAUCCACAGAGGAGCUAUCGCCAUAUUGGAUGAAUGAUGACGUCACAAACUACGCCAUUUUUAUUCUGGUAAAUAUUGUAAAUAGCCGUUGGAUUUUGGGUAAACCAAUUUUGUACAACGUAAAUACACGUCGUUUUGCUUUAAAAUGGAAAUACUUACAUAUUCAUGAAAAUGUGUACGAACAUGGAUUGUCUGUGACCUAAUAAAGACAUUUCGCUCGACCCCUCGGCGUUACCUUCAGGACCUACGCAGUCGAGCUUGCCGCGGUUCGCUAACCAUUUGUGCGCACAUUGUCCCCUUGAAUAAAUAACUUGGUGCGUAAUCAUUAUUUUGAUGAGUUUUGCUGCGUUAUCCAGUGAUGUCUUGUAGUUUGUGUUGAUUGUGAAUGCGUCAAAGGUCAUCACGCAAUCUUAUCAUUUGCUCUUUAAAUAUUAGCGCCGUAGAUCAAACCAAGUCAGUUAACUGAGAGCAACGGAUGAACAUACAAAGCGAGAAAGUGUAAAAAAAAGUUACGUGCACAUUAUUUGACUGGAAGUUAUACUAGUGUUAUAAUAAUAGCUUAUUGAGUGUGAUACUUUUAGUGUUUUAAAUAAAUAAGUGAUAAAAAUGCCUAUUCGUCGUAGCAAGGUCUUAGUAAAAUGGAUAUACGAGAACCAGCACAAGAUGCAGACAAUACGAUGCUGCAGUUCAUUGCUGAGGUACAAAGAAGUGGAGGAAACUGCACAAAUAGAGCCCGAAACCAUCUCAGUGCCACACACAAAGCCGACACCACAAAUAACGCCAGAGUUCUCUUUCAAGUACAGCGACCUCCAAGUUAGAUUAGCAGCACCGUAUCAGUUACAGCCGAAACCAGACGCAAGUGCUUUAGGUUUUGGAAAGUAUUUUACAGACCACAUGCUUAAAAUACACUAUCACAAACAGCUGGGAGGCUGGCAGAAACCUGAAAUUAUACCAUUCGAACACCUCACCAUACACCCAGCAGCAAAAGCUCUACAUUAUGCUAUACAGUUAUUCGAAGGUAUGAAGGCGUAUCGGGGAAUAGAUGAUAAAUUACGGUUGUUUCGACCAGACCUAAAUAUGGAAAGAAUGAAUUUGGCAGCUCAGAGGUCCGGUCUACCAAUGUUUGACGGACAGGAAUUAAUAAAUUGCUUAAUUCGGCUUAUACAAAUAGACCAGGAGUGGGUUCCACACUCUGAAACUUCAACAUUGUAUGUACGACCUACUUUAAUAGGAACUGAGCCAACAUUCGGUGUGAUGGAGCCCGACUCAGCCCUUAUGUUCGUUAUCAUGAGUCCAGUAAGCGCUUACUACAAGACCAGGGAUGACGGUGCUGUCUCCAUCUAUGCAGAUCCGAGCGUUGUGCGAGCCUUCCCGGGCGGGGUCGGUAAUAGGAAAGUUGGCUCGAAUUAUGGACCGACUAUAGGUAAUUAACCGCUAUGCUAACAGCUGUU